CAAGCUCUUGACAUGUACUCUUCUCUUUAUCCUUGUUUGGCGACUGCCCGAUGCAUUCCCGAACAUGCACGAUAGGCGUGGCCAGCCCGGCUUCGGCGUGGGGCCGAUGUUGCAACGCUGAGAAGCAGCGAGGAGGCACCUCCCUAAACUAGCCUAGCUUGGUCGACGCGAGCCCCAGUCGGCCGCCAGGUAUCGACCGAUCGAUCGAUGGGGGCUCACUGAGCACCCCUCCCGCGGACCGUUUUCUACGCCAUGGAUGGACGACUUACCGAGGCCAAACGCCGAUAGUAUGAACGAGCCAAAUGCCGAUGGUGACAGGACGGCCGAGGAUGGGUGAGGGGUAGCGGUGCUUGGCUAUGGGGAAGGCUCCAGCGGGAUGACCCGCGGCGGAUAUAUAUAACAACAGCGAGCGGCUAAGCGGGUGUGUCUCCAGACCAUCCGUCCCGCACCUGCCAGGCCCGUCAACGACGCCAUCGCCAACAUGCGCUUCUCGGCCCUGCAGACAGUCCUCCUCCUCCUCCCGCUGGCCGCCCCCGCCUCGGCGAGCAGCCAGCGGCGGCAGCAGCAGAGCAACGACACGACCGGCGGGGGCCGCUACCUCGCCGACAUCCAGUCGGCAAUCUCGGCGGCCACGCAGGACAUCUGGUCCAUCAGCCAGGAGAUCCACGCGAACCCGGAGCUGGGCUACCAGGAGGUGCGCGCACACAAGCUCCUGACCGACUACCUGGCCGGGCGGGACGGCUGGCGCGUGACGCGGGCGGCGUACGGCGUCGCCACGGCCUUUGUCGCCGAGUUCGGCUCGGGCGCCGGCGGCACCGGCACCGGCACCGGCCCCGUCGUGUCCUUCAACGCCGAGUACGACGCCCUCAGCGGCCUCGGCCACGCGUGCGGCCACAACCUCAUCGCCGCCUCCAGCCUGGCCGCGGCGCUGGCCACGGCCGACGUCGUGCGCGCCCACCGCCUACCCGGCCGCGUCGUGCUACUAGGCACCCCCGCCGAGGAGGGCGGCGGCGGCAAGAUCAAGCUGCUCGAGGCGGGCGCGUACCGCGACCUCGCCGUCGACGUCAGCAUCAUGGCGCACCCCGUGGGCGGCGGCGACGCCGGCGACGGCGCCUACUCGAUCCUGCAGGCGAGCGAUCGCUUCACCAUCGAGUUCGGUGGGAAACCCGCCCACUCGGCCGCCGCGCCCUGGCAGGGGGUCAGCGCGCAGGACGCGGCCAGCCUGGCGUGGACGGCCGUGGGGCUGGCGCGCGCGCAGAUGCGGCCCACGGACCGGGUGCACGGACGCUUCGCCACCGACGCCGGCGCCGUCAACAUCGUGCCCGACCGCGCCACGGCGCUGUGGCAGGCGCGCGCCGCGUCCGCGUCGGAGCUGGCCGACGUGGUGGCCAAGCUCGAGAACGCGGUCAAGGCCGGCGCGCUGGGCACGGGCGCCUCGUUCAACAUGACCAAGAACUGGGGCGGCUACUCGGCCAUGAUCAACAACGACCCGCUCGCGGCCGCGUACAAGCGCAACUUUGAGGCGCUCGGCGGCAAGACGCCCGACGCGGGCGUGGAGAAGUCGCGCUCGGCCUCGGCGUCGUCGGACCAGGGGAACGUGUCCGAGGAGCUGCCGGCCAUCCACCCCGUCUUUGGCAUCUUUGACGAGGACGGCUCGCCCACGGCGUCGGCGCCGCACACAGCAGCCUUCAAGGGGGCCGCCGGCACGCGCAAGAGCUUCGACAAGGCCAUGAAGGCCGCCGCCGCAAUGGCCGGCGUCGCUGUCGACGUGCUGACUGUCGACGGCCUGCUGGCUCAGGUUAAGGAGGACUUUAAGAAGCAGACGGGAGGCAGCAGCGGGGUGCAGCAGCUCAAGCAGCUCCGGCGGCGUUAUGUGGAGACGCAGCCAUGAAGGGAGGGGGCUUGAAGAAAGAAAGUGGUUGUUAGUAUUAUUUGGGUUCGUAGACAGCAGAAGAGAAAAAGAAGCACAUGUUCCUCAUCUCG